AUGAGCUCUCCAGACACUCUUGUAUUCAUGGAACUUGCAAUACAGCAGGCAAAGUUAGCCAUGGAUGCCCUCGAAGUACCUGUUGGCUGUGUAAUUGUUGAGGAUGGCAAGGCUAUAGCCUCAGGAAGAAAUCGAACUACCGAGACACGAAAUGCUACAAGACAUGCAGAAAUGGAAGCUAUAGAUGUGCUUCUAGAACAGUGGCAGAAAAAUGGACUUUCAAUGACUGAAGUUGCUAAAAAAUUCUCAAAUUGCAGUCUUUAUGUUACCUGUGAACCAUGCAUAAUGUGUGCAUCUGCUUUAUCAAAUUUAGGUAUAAAGGAGGUGUUUUAUGGCUGUUCAAAUGAUAAAUUUGGAGGGUGUGGAUCAAUACUAUCAUUGCAUUUAAGUGAUGCCGUGUCACCUAAUAAGGGUUUCAAAUGUGCUGGAGGUAUAAUGGCAACAGAAGCUGUGCUUCUCUUUCGAACAUUCUAUGAGCAAGGAAAUCCAAAAGCUCCAAAACCCCACAGGCCUCUAGCACAUCAGGCAUCGGCUUGA